AUUUAUUCAUUGUUGCUUCUAUAUUAAAAAGAAGAAAGGGCCAGUCUCUCCCCCCUGCUCUUGUACAAUCUAAUAUAUUUCUUUAACAUUGCAGACAAAGAGACACAAAGAGGGGCGAAUGCGAGAGAGAUCAGUGCGCCUUCAUGUUGCACAUCCAACAAUUGCUGUGUGCCCAAACCCAAUGUUACACCGAAAAAGCAUUGGGAUUUCGUUUUGGUUUGGUCGCGGGUUCCAUUUCCUUUUCUUUAUUCUCAUACUUUUCAACCCUUUCCUUUCCCAUUCCUUAUCGUAUGGUGUCUGCUUGUUAAAAACAGCAAUGCACGCAGCUAUCAGUGGUCAUGACCAUGCCAAAAUCCCAUUAAACAAACGCGCUACUCCCCAAGAAGAUCAACCCGCUGCAUCUGAAUCCGCAAAGCAAAGCGCUACCAAAAAGCCGGAAUCAGCAGCCCCUUCCUCCUCUGCAGCGAACGCCAAAUCGUCAGACAUUUCGUUUGUAAACGACAAGUCGCAGAGCGUUACUGCAUUCCCGACGCCUCCUAGCAGCACUACCACUACCCCGCCGUAUCAGGUCUUUACCACACCCUCGCAACAAAUCCAAACGCAAACGCCCGAAGAUACCGCCUCAAGUACAAAUGCCGCAACCGCCACUGCCAGCGUAGCCAUGGCUGAAGACUCUUCGUCGAUCUCCGGAGGCGCUAUUGGUGGUAUUGUUGUCGCUGUUGUUGCUGCCCUUGCACUGAGUCUUAUUGCCAUCCUCUUUGUCAAACGACGAAAGAGACGAACCCGGCGUCCCUCGAUCAGCCAUCGCGUCUCGUCGUUUGGCCAGAACGAUUUCUUUGCUGGCCCGUCGGCGACAGCACCAUCUCAACAACCACCCAUGUCACAAACGUAUGGUAGCAUGAACACACCGCCUCCUCAUGUCGCCGCUGCUGGUCCAGUGGCUGCCGCCGAGUACUAUACUCCAGCUCUCACUCAACCAUACGCUCAUCAGCAACCGAACUCCACAUUUGCGCCCGCUCCAGCGUUCGCUGCCACUGCAGCCUCACCGCCAAUGACACAACAGCCACCACCACCACUACCACCGCAACAGGAUCCUUGGCAACACCCACCGCUUGGCACGUACACUGUCGUGUCCACGUACGCACCAACACUCGACGAUGAGAUCUACGUGCAUCCAGGUGAUCAGGUUCAGGUGUACGCAGAAUAUGAUGAUGGCUGGUGCCUCGGUGCAAAUCUGACCAGAGGAAGCACCCGUGGUGUGUUCCCGAUGCACUGUAUCCAAGGAUCAACUUCACCAUCAAUGGCUUCUAGCACGGCUGGUGGUGCUAGUCUCAGCGCGAAUGAUCCGCGUCUUAGUAAACGGGGCAGUUCAUUGUACAAUACCUAAGGCUUGAUCACUCUAUAUGUUAACUAUUUACUCAACUCUUCCUGGAAAUAUUAGAACUGCUCACUCCCUGCCCCCUUCUUCCUCUUUUUUCUUUCUCCCUGGCAUCAUUUUGACGUCUCUCUUUUCAUUAUAAAAAACGGGGAAACAUUAACUAUUGUAUUUAAAUAAGAAAGUAAGAGUAUAAUAUAUCGAGUAUAGUGUAAAAAAAAGAGUGUAAUGUA